CGAACUCCGAAGCAGCUUCCCCAAAAUCACGGCAGUUGCUCGUCGAUAACACUGCGACAAACCACUCCACAAUAGAACCAUGUCGACCGAAGAGGUGAGUCUAGGUAAUCGCCCAAUSCGUUCCACCACGACGRUGAACAAGUAUGAUGAUUCGAUUGGAUUGGAUUGGUUUGGAUUGGUUUGAAUUGGAUCGAAUCCAAUUCGAAUUCGAAUUCGAUUCGAUUUGUUCCUUCGCACUGCUCCUGCCACGAUGCCCAAGAACGCCACUCACCGUGCCACUCUCUCUCUCUCUCUCUCUCUCUCUUGCGAUUCCACUGCGUUUGCCUCCGCCUCCGACCGCUGGUAGCUUGCCGACGAACUCGCCGCCAAGUGCAGCACGGGUGGGGUCAUGCUGAACGGCCCCGCGCCCCCGGUGCAGAACAACCUGUACCGCCGCCACCGCAUCCGGAUCAAGGAGCUCCUCGCAAACGACGGGGCCGCACACCUCAACCAGAYCGUCACGGUUGCCGGAUGGGCCCGAACCACGCGCAACGCCAACAAGGGCCAGCUACUGUUCGUAGAACUCAACGACGGGUCCACCGGGGAAUCGAUCCAGUGCGUCCUCGAUGCCGAAAAAACGGAGGGCUUUGCCGAGUGCAAGGCGUCCGGCGGUACCGGGGCCUCCUUCCAGAUGGUKGGAACCCUCAUCCCCAGCCAGGGCGCGGGACAGGCCGUGGAGGUCGCCGUCACCACCGGCAAGCUCCUGGGAGCCGUCUACGGAGGAAACCAGCAGGGAACGGAGGUCGGCGGGGCCUUUUACGCCAUGAGCAAAAAGGCCCACACCCUGGAGCACAUGCGGGACCACGCCCACCUGCGGCCGAGGGGACGGGUCCACGCCGCGGCCAUGCGCAUCCGCCACUCGAUGGCCUACGCGACGCACACCUUCUUCCACAACCACGGCUUUUUGUACAUCCACACGCCGAUCCUAACCGGGGCCGAUUGCGAGGGCGCCGGGGAGCAGUUUGGCGUCACGACGAUGCUGGGAUCGGACCACCUCGCCACCGACAUUGAGCUUUCGAAGAUCGAGCCCCCGCCGGUACGCACUGUCUUGCUUGUUUUCUUUCGUUUUGUGUUCUUUCGUUUUGUUGGCCGCAGCGUUGGCACAUUGUGCCAACGAAUCCGUUUCGAAAACUGGUUGCCUCUAUUCUCACGCGUUCUCUUCUCAAUGGCACCAAAUCCAAUGCAAUGCAAACCGAUUGAGCAGGUUGAAGACCUCUCGAAGCUUUCGAAGAGCGAACUCAAGCGCCGGGCCAAAAAGGCGGAGAARGAAAAAGCAAAGAUCGAUCCCACCAAACCUGUCGAGGAACACGUAGUUGGUGCCGUAGACUAUUCCAAGGAUUUCUUUGGAAAGCGCGUCAACCUGACCGUCUCGGGGCAGCUGAACGUGGAAACCCACGCCUGCGCUCUGUCGGACGUCUACACCUUUGGCCCGACCUUCCGCGCCGAAAACUCCCACACGGGGCGCCACCUUGCCGAGUUCUGGAUGAUCGAGCCCGAGAUUUGCUUUGCCGACCUYGCGGACGACAUCAACCUGGCCGAGGACUACCUCAAGUAUUGCGUGCGAUUUGCCCUCGAGAACUGCGCCGAAGACCUUGAAUUUUUCGAAAACAGUCCCCACGGAGAGGUCGGCCUACGGGACCGAUUGAAGAACGUUUUGGACAACCCCUUCAAGGUACGUAACCACAAGAGGGCACGCGCGAAGGACAGAGAUGUUGUUUUUUUUUUCGAGAAACUUUUGGGAAACGGGAGGGAAGGAAGUAYAUCGGCCGUCGGUUGUAUUUCCGAAGGGAACUGCAAAACCCACACUGUUCCUGCCACCUCUUGUAAUGACGAAGAAAACGCAUUGGGAAUCUCUCUGAAAUUAUCAUUUCGUGACGAACCUGCAUAAAUCAUCAUUCAAAAAUCUUCGGAACAAGAGGACGGUUGGUGGUUCUUUGUCCCGUGCUUCCAACUUUGUUGUUUUAUAUCCAAUCGACGCAUCUCUUGUAAUGAGGAAGAAAACGCAAUGGGAAUCUCUCUGAAAUUUCAUUUCAUGACGAACCUGCAAAAAUCAUCAUUCAAAAUCUACCGAACAAGAGAACGGUCCGCGCUCAUCAAAUUCGUAUUCGUUUCGUCCYRURUCGAGUGGAUCUUGUGCUUUUGGAUYAUUUUCUAACUCUCUCCUCCGUGUGCUUUCAAUCACUUUUGACCGCAGCGACUGACUUACACCGAGGCGAUCGAAGUUUUGCAAAAAGCAGUCAAAGAAGAUGGUGUYGAGUUCGAAGAAGAGCCUGUAUGGGGUAUCGACCUUCCGUCCGAGCACGAGCGUUACUUGUGUGAAAAGGUAUACAAGAAACCCGUUGUGUUGAUGGAUUACCCCAAAGACAUCAAGGCCUUUUACAUGAAAUUGAACGAUGACGAAAAGACGGUUGCCGCAGCGGACAUUUUGGUUCCAAAGAUUGGUGAAAUCAUUGGAGGAUCGCAGCGCGAGCAUCGCAUGGAUGUAUUGAAGAGGCGUUGCGAAGAAAUGGGACUUGACCCCCGACAGGUUUGGUGGUAUCUGGAUCUUCGUCGGUACGGAACAGUGCCCCACGCCGGGUUCGGUCUUGGCUUUGAGCGUUUGAUCCUGUUCGUCACCGGACUCCAGAACAUUCGCGAUGUCAUUCCGUUCCCUCGAUACCCUCAGAAUGCCGAGUUCUAGGCUAGAUUAUCGACAUGUUSCACGACAUUUUUUGYACCUGCUUUGCAACGAUGUGGUGAACRGAAAACGAAUCAAUCCAACCUUUUGGGAUGACCUAUUAUUAUUUCCAUCCUUAAAUAGAGGGCAUCCUAUUAU